GUUUUGCUUUCUCUUCCCUCUUGUGAUUCUUAGUUUGUUCCUCCAUAUUUGUACUCUGUUUUUGAGUCUUUGCGAGCUACUGACAUAAUCUCUGUCAGAUCAAUAAUGGAGUUAAAGAUCUUAGACUCUGCUUCCGUUUCUACGUCCCGUUCUUUCAUAUCUUCAGUGCCCAACUCCUUUUUCAUCACGCGAUCGAAUUCCAACUUCAGAUUUGCCCGAUCAUGGUCACGAAGAAAACUUACCCUCUCCGUUCAAGCUUCUCCUACCAAAUUGGAGGAUAAGACUAGAGUGGAUGGCAGUGGAAACUUUAAUCUAGACAGUAUAAGACAUUCUUUGAUACGCCAAGAAGAUAGCAUAAUAUUUGGCCUUUUGGAGAGGGCUCAAUAUUGUUACAACGCUAUCACAUAUGAUCAAAAUAUAUUCUCCAUAAUGGGGUUCCAAGGUUCAUUGGUUGAGUACAUUAUCAGGGAGACUGAACGGCUUCAUUCAUGGGUUGGCAGAUACAACAGCCCAGAUGAGCAUCCUUUCUAUCCGGCUGACUUACCAGAGCCAAUAUUGCCACCUCUGCAAUAUCCACAGGUUUUGCAUCCAAUUGCGAAUUCCAUCAAUAUAAACAAGAAGAUCUGGGAUAUGUAUUUCAGUGUCCUUCUUCCAAGAUUAAUUACCAAAGGUGAUGAUGGUAAUUGUGGUUCCGCUGCUGUCUGUGACACUAAUUGUCUACAGGCACUCUCAAAGAGAAUCCAUUAUGGCAAAUUUGUAGCGGAGGCAAAGUAUAAAGCCGCCCCUGCUGUCUAUGAAGCUGCAAUUAGAGCACAAGACAGAGACCAAUUGUUGGCUUUGCUAACCUAUGAGGCUGUGGAAGCCUUAAUCAAGAAGAGAGUAGAGAUGAAAGCCGGAACAUAUGGACAGCAGGUAAGAGUCAAUGGAGAGGAGGGUGAAGAUGAUCCAUCGUACAAAAUCAAGCCAAGUAUAAUUGCAGAUCUCUAUGGAGACUGGAUCAUGCCUUUGACUAAGGAAGUUCAGGUCGAAUACUUAAUGAGAAGGUUGGACUGAAUUAGACAAGAUAAUGAAUUAAGUCAUAGGCUUUGUUUAUAUCUGAUGAUGCUGAUGUUAAAUUAUGAGAUUGCUUUAGUUGAAUAUAAUGCAGAUCCUAAAAUUGUUCUACCAA